AAGCACGUUUCAGUUGCGAUAAGCAGCAUGAAAUCAGCGAUAAUAAUAACACAAAUUAAGUUGGAACGUUACACAGCAAAGCUAAUGUGACUAAUACCUCAUUCCGGGUAUUCUAGACAAAAUCAAGUAGUCGGAUGUACCUCGGUGUCCAAGGUUUCAGUAAAUGUCUGACGGAGAUUGCCAUCUUUAGACCGGUGUAACAGGUUUGUCUGAGAUCAGCUUGGGUGACCAAACUCUUAUAUUCCACUAUUAGAGGAGAAACACAGAAGCAGAUCUCAAAUCAGCGGUUAAACUCUGACGCAAACGUCAAAGGACCUGCGCUGAAGAACGCGUCCUAAAAUAUUGCCUGAAUAAAAUAAUUGGACUGAAUAUUUGUUUUAACAUUUGUUUCUAGCAUCAUAACAUUAAUUCUAACUGUAUAAACCGUUAUUGCUCAGUGUCUAAAUAAAAGUUAUUUACACUAAAAAGAAUGACUAGGCAGUCGGUGAAUUUGCUGUAGGCUAAACGUCUUUACACGUAUGUUUGUACUGCGUCGUAAAUGUGUUAAUCUUUUUUUUUUUUAAACAAACAAUUUACACAAACUUCAAAUACGCCAAAUAUUCGUAAUGCUGUGUAUUAUUCAAUCUAUAAUUUUAAAAACACUUAAUAUUAACGAAGAGGUUGAAUAGCUCGUAAAAAAAGCGAAAGUGAAAGAGUUUCUUUAGGCGUGUCCUCCCGUGACCCUCGUCGAAAAAGGCUCUCGUUUUCAUGAUCGUUUAUGAUAUAAUGACAGUUUUGUCUAAUUUUAAUACAUGAUGGACAUAACCUGUAUUUUUAUGUCAGUACUUAUGAUUGUCGCUGAUGGCUUCAUUGUGCAUGGUCCCUCUGGUCCUCUGGUUGCUCCUCUGGGAUCUUCAGUAGUUUUGCCCUGUUAUGUUGAUGAACUCCCAGUAAUGGAGGGUCUGGAGGUGCAACGGAGAAGAACAGACUCAGAGACUCUGGUUCAUCUGUUUCUAGAUGGUGAGAGUCGACCAGAGUCUCAGGAGCAGGAUUAUCAUGAUAGAGCUCAUUUCUUUACUGAUCAGAUUCAACAUGGAAACUUCUCUCUCUGUCUGGACAAUCUGACAGCUGAAGAUGAGGGAGAAUAUGUAUGUAAAGUUCACAGUCAGGAUUCUGGUGAGACUGUGGUUCAGAUAAAACAUGAGCGUUUGCUAGUAUCAGGAUCAGAUCGGUCUAUAUCUGCACAUGAUGGUGAGGACGUUACUCUGAACUGCUCUGUAGACUCUCACAUUAAACCUGAACACAUUGAGGUUUCAUGGAUAAGAACCGAUGGAGAUAUUCUGGUUCUGUUCUUCCAAAACAAUAAGACUUUACCAGAUUCAUCAGAUGAACAAUACAGAGAAAGAGUUGAGUUCUUCACUGCUGAAAUCCCCAAAGGAAACUUCUCUCUCAGACUGAAGAGUGUCAGAACUGAGGAUAAAGGAGUUUACAUGUGUCAAGUGUUUGCUGGAGGACUUUCAGCCAAUGCAAAUGUAGUACUGGAACAACUGGGUUUCUCUUCUUGGCACAUAGCUGUGUUAUUUUUCUGUUUUGCUGCUGGAUCUGGAGCUGUGCUUCUGCUCUGCUCUCUGAUCUACUGCAGAUAUAAGAACACAGACACCAGCAGCAUAAUCUGGAAUCUUCAGGUUUCUCUGGUCUUUUGUCCAAACAUCUGUCUGUUCUUUGCCUUCAUGCUUUGGGGAUUUACUGAAGGAUCUCUGCAUGAGACGGUCACCUGCUGUGCUCUUAGUAUUCUGAGGCCUGUUAUGUUGAUUUGGACUUUGUGCUAUUUGAAGAAUCUUCAAGACAGUCAUAAAUCAUGGAUCAGGUUUUUCAGAAUAGCACAUGAACUUACUGUUCUUACAGUCAUUGUUUAUUCAGUUCUUUUUGCAUAUGGCUGGAGAAUUAGUGCACAUGAUACAGACAAUGGACGCCGUAUAUCCUCAGGAAUAUGCUUUGGAUGUGUUGUGCUGUCCUGUCUCCUGAGUGCAGGUUUGAAUGAUGCACUUUGUAUCUUUCUGUCUUUUUUCCAAUUGCUCCAGUUGAUGUUCUCAUUUCGACUUCCCUCUUUAGUGUUUGUUAUUGUGGUAUUUGUUCAAGCACUGACGCUGUGCUGUAUACCACUUUUAACUCUUCUGCGAGCACGAUUGAGAUGUCUUCGCCACAGAUGGAUGACAAUAUUGUGUAUAUUAAUAACAACACCCCUGGAUAUCAUCCUAGUGAUUUAUGCUCAUCUAAACAUAUUAGAAAGGGAAAAAGAGUACUUGGAAUGGACCUGUGUCAUUUUAUUUAUAGAAGUUCAGAAGAUGAUUGUGGUCUUUAAAGAAAAUGUGCAAGAGGCAGAACGUUCAGUAGUCGAGGGACGAAGACAACAGACUGAGACGAGCCAAAAAGGAUCAAACGCAUUGCCUCUCUGUCAUGAAAUCAUGUUCAUGUUUGGAGCAGUUGGUCUUGUUUUGUUGAGCUCUGUUACACUGACAGCAGAACUGAUCCUGAAAGCACGGAAUGGUGAGCGUGUCAUGAAGGAUAUGAGAGUCGUUGUCUUCCCUUCUGAAUGUGUUUUUGCUUUGUAUUGGCUGGUUUUACAAAUGCAUGAUUUCUGGAGGAUUGUUACAUCUGGAUUUACCCACAAUCAAAUAACUCACCUCAAUGAUGUCAUCUCAGGAUAA